AUGUCGGAAUGGUGUGCUGAGAAUGACGAAAGAAUUUCAGUUGAAAUCGACCAAUCCAAGUAUGCACAUCUCUUCAACCUGGAGUACUGUAUCAAACCAGGCAGUACGGACAAAUCUGCUCUUCUGGUGUUGAAUCAAGAGAUCAAUGUUUCACCAAUCUUUUUGAAGCUGUGGAGUACUUUCAAGCUAAGAGUUUGCGCCGAUGGUGGGGCCAAUCGUCUGUACGACUUUUUCAAAGAUAAUGAGUCAGAUAGAGCCAUGUAUCUACCCGAUUACAUUAUUGGCGAUUUCGACUCUCUUAAGCCAGAAACGGAAGAGUACUACAAAAAAGCUGGCGUUGUAGUGAUAAAGCAACAGACCCAAUAUUCAACGGACUUUACAAAAGCGUUGUACCUAAUAUCAGUUCACUUUAAUUCUCCAGAUUUCAGAAGAAAAGUAUUGGAAUCCACAGAGACCAAUCAUUCGAUCGAGCUUUUCUCAGGUAUCCAUGAAUGGUAUGAUAAAACUCUGAAAGCAAAUAAGUCGAGAACUUUAGAGAGAAUCUCACUAUUGGCUCUUGGUGGGAUUGAUGGACGUUUUGAUCAAACAAUUCACUCGAUCACUCAAUUGUACAAGCUAUCGUCUCCGGAUAGUCAGUUCAACCUAUGCUAUCUGAGUGCUACAGAUCUAAUUUUUUUCGUCCCAUCUGGCGGUUUCUUGUUGGAAUACACUAAAGAAUUUAGAGAUCAAUGUAUUGGCAAUUGCGGACUACUCCCUUUAAACGGACCCACAGAAAUAAUAGAAACCUCUGGCCUCAAGUGGGACGUUAAGAAUUGGCAUACUUGUGUUGGCGAAGGUAAAGUGAGCAGUAGUAAUCGUUUCGUUGGGAUUGAUAAAUGCUUUAUUGAUGUUAAAGAUGGUAUUGUGAUGAAUGUUGAAGUAUUCAUAGAUAGAAUAGCCAACUGUAUAUAG